AUGGACAUUGACUCGCUCACGUUACAAGAGGAGGCCCCCUCUACGAGCCCCGUUGAUCCGCCAGCUUCACUAAAGCAUCAAUGCGAUGCCUCGUCUCCGAAGAGUGAUACUGAUGCGACGAUCAUUCAAGGCUCCGAGCCCAUGCAAGACCCGGCCUUGGCUCAUCCUGCCGAGCUGUCAGGGGGUGACGCUGCGCCAGUACCCCAGCCGGAAACAACUUCCCCUGAAGACCCCUGCCGGGACAACCUCCCGGCUCCACUCCAAACAAGCAACUCAUGCCAAGACACAUCGUCUUCUGCAGACGAGACCCUCCACUCAGGCUCAGGCUCAGGUUCUGCCUCUGCCUCCGCCUCUGGCUCGAAUACCUCGGGAACCCACAGCUCCAGCUGCGUCUCGGAAAUGUUCAACCCUUCGCUGGACCCCAGGAUCGCUGAGGCCAUCGCCCAGCUCGAUCAAAUGAACGAAAUAAAGCUCGUCGACCGAUACAAUCCUCCAAAGCGAAGGAGUCACACCAAAGCAGCCAAGGGGCAGACCCAUCCAUACCACCGCAAGGACACCGGCGAUUCUCAGGCAGCGCCGCAACCUGCCUCACAACGUGCCUUCCCGGGCUCGGCCAUUGCUGCCCACGACCAAACUCCAGCUGAUCCAGGGCAUGAAGGACGAGCGUCUGCUCCUGCGCGUCCCCAGUCGCUGGAUGCCCUUACUCAGGCUGACCGAUUCGAGUUUGUCCCAAGUGACUCUGUCGAUCCACAUGCUGGCAUGACAACCUCGCCGGAGCAUUGCGGUGCUGGGGUCAUUCCCAUCUUGGGGCCCUCCAUGUCUAGCGAGCUCUCGCCAACAGGCAUGUCCCUGUCGCGCUCACACAGCUUCCGCCAGGAUCAAGUUCUCUACACCCGGCCGUUGGGUGGCGACACAUUUCCUCCCCGAGGUCUGGAUGCUAGUCAGUUUACCCGCAGCAUGGCCAGAUCCAAGGGACAUAUACCCAUCCCAGGCUUCGACUACGGCCUUCAGCCUAUGACCAAGGUGAUCAAUAGAGUCGGCUGUGAUAUACCAACUGGUCCAAACCGACUGGUUCAUUCUGUAUCGUCGCUGGUCCAUGUUCCGCCCGAACGGUUAUCCAACGAGCACUCAACGUACGAUCCGCAGCUACUGCAUCCCAUGUCGAUGCCGGUCGGCUAUCGCCAGCCUUCGCCACACGCUCAACGGCUCGACGGUCUCGCUGGACUUUCUCACGAUCUUGGCUUCUCGACAAAGUGUGCAGACGACGAUAGGCUCCGCGGACUUGGGGGCGGAGCCGAGUUCCCCGAUGAGCAAGUGCUUCGCCAAAGCCACUCCAUGAUGGCCGACAUCCACCACCACCAUCAGCAUCGCGGCGAACUGCAUGGGCGCGGCAUAUCAGAAGUGGACCGACAGCCGCCGAGCGUGGAUAGAUCUGUCAUCGCUGCCUUGACAGGACAUGCUCCUCAAAACCUGUCCCUGGUCCCCAACGGACCGAGCGUACCCGGUGGGCUUGGUGCGAUGGUUAUGCCAACGACCCAGCCCUCGGCGCUGCCUCCCGGUACUGGCCCGCCGAUCGGCCUGCAAUUCGGGCCUCACCACGGCGGAGCCUUCCCGCCCAGCAAGUUCACGAGCAUGGCACAUCCUGAGUUCCCACAGGGCUGCCCGCCGUACGCAAUCGCACCAAAGCACGCCUCGCAUUUUGUUGAGGAGCUGUCGGCGAUCCGCGCAAACGCCGGCUCCAUCGCCGCAGGAGGACUACCCUUCCACGGCGAGCCCAUGAUGCAUCCCCAAGCCCAGUUUCACGCAGUAACGGGGCAUUUCCCCUUUUCGGUUCAUCCGCCACGUCUCCAUCUGGGACCGCUAUGGGAAGAGCCGAUGCCGCCGGGCAAUCUGCACUUUUAUCCAAAGGGCCAUAUGCUACAUCCAGGCCCUAGUCCGCGCCGGAUACCAAGCGAUUGGUGGUAUGCCGACGGCAUAUUCCAGAACUACGACUUGAGCAACUUUGAAAGGGUUAUGAAGGACCAGUACUACGAGAUCGAGACGAUAACGUGUCUCAAAUUCCGAUCAUAA